AUGGAGUCGCCUGCGCCCGCGCCCGCCCCUGGCGACUGUCGGGGCGAUGCCCCCGACGUGCCCACCGCGGCGUCGCCGCCGGCCUCUCCGCCCACGUCCCCGGCCUCCUCCCCCUCUGCCCCCGCCCCCUCCGAUGCCCCGACGCCCUGGUCUAGGCUGACCUUGCGGAGGACGAGGACGUCGCCGUCGGCCGCCCUGUGGUCUGCCGGGACCGGGUCCCCCCUCCCGCCCCUGCUCGCUCGCCGACGCUCCGUGCCGCCGCCAGCCUUACCCCCAGGGGUGGGGGUUCGGCUGCCCGUGCGCGAGCGCAGUUCCGUCGAGGCUCGAGCUCAGCUCGGCCCUCUUCGGGGCAAGGCCCGACCUUGGGGACGGGACGAUCCCGCCGCCGCCGGCGCGCGGCUGGCUGGGGGGUCUCUGGACGUGCGGACCUGGGCCCUGCCCGGUCGUCGUGGCGGCCUUCGGGCGUUGUGGCCGUGGCCGAGGUGGCCGCGCCGCCCCCGGAGAUCGCCGUCGACCUGUCCGUGCCCGCCCGCCGCACCCCUUUCCGGCCGUUCAUCGCCACCUUCGGUUCCUCCCGGCUCCGUUUCGUCUCCGUCCACCGCGUCGUUCGCCCGUGCCCUCCUCCCCGGCGACCUGCCCCCCCCCGCGCCGGCGGCGGUAGGGGAAACCCUCGCCGUUUGCCUGUCCCGGGCCUGCGUGGUGGGCCGCCCUGGCGUGGGCCGCCCCCCCGGGCUGGACCGCCUCCCGCUGCGCCUGCGGCUGGGCUGGUCCUGGGCCUGGGACUGCCACGGCCCACGGAGGGUGCCGGCCCGUCCCAAGGCCUGGUGCCCCGGCCUCCUCCGGUGCGCUCGAUCUGGCCCCCGCUAG